AUGGCCGAGUGGGACGCCAGCCUGGACCACAUCAUCCCAUCCUCUGUUCUUCCUCCCUUCUGGGCGAAGUUCCUCGUGGGUUUUGCUUCCCUUGUGUGUUUUGCCCGGAGCUACGAUGGAGACUUUGUCUUUGAUGACUCUGAAGCCAUUGUUAACAAUAAGGACCUCCGCGCGGAGACGCCUCUAGGGGACCUGUGGCAUCAUGACUUCUGGGGCAGCCGGCUGAGCAGUAACACCAGCCACAAGUCCUACCGCCCCCUGACCGUGCUGACCUUCAGGAUGAACUACUAUCUGUCGGGAGGCUUCCACCCCGCGAGCUUCCACGUGGUCAACAUCGCCCUGCACGGCGGCGUGUGCGUGCUCCUGGUGGAUGUCUUCUCCGUGCUCUUCGGGGGCCUGCAGUACACGAGCAAGGGCCGGCGGCUGCACCUGGCCCCCCGGUCGUCUCUGCUGGCCGCCCUGCUGUUUGCCGUGCAUCCAGUGCACACGGAGUGUGUUGCUGGUGUCGUUGGCCGUGCAGACCUCCUGGGUGCCCUUUUUUUCCUGCUGUCUUUCCUUGGCUACUGUAAAGCAUUCAGAGAAACUAACAGGGAGAAGACCCACUCCACAUUCUGGGUGUUGCUGAGCAUCCUCCUGGGAGCAGUGGCCAUGCUAUGCAAAGAGCAAGGGAUCACCGUGCUGGGUCUCAAUGCUGUCUUCGAUGUCUUGGUGAUAGGCAAAUUAAAUGUCCUGGAAAUUGUCCAGAAGUUCCUCCGUAAAGACAGAUCAUUAGAGAGCCCUGGUGUGCUCCGGACGGGGGGCCUCCUCUUCAGAAUGGCCCUCCUGGCUUUUGGGGGAGCUGGGGUGCUGUAUGUGCGCUGGAAGAUCAUGGGCACUGGCCCGCCCGCCUUCACCGAGGUGGACAACCCUGCCUCCUUCGCCGACAGCAUGCUAGUCAGGGCCAUAAACUAUAAUUACUACUAUUCGUUGAAUGCCUGGCUGCUGCUGUGCCCUUGGUGGCUGUGUUUUGAUUGGUCGAUGGGCUGCAUCCCGCUCAUUAAGUCCGUCGGGGACUGCAGGGUGAUUGCUCUAGCAGCACUCUGGGUCUGCCUAAUUGGCCUGGUACGCCAAGCCCUGUGCUCUGCAGACAGCUACAAGAGAAGGAUCCUCACGCUGGGCCUGGGAUUCCUCAUUAUCCCAUUUCUUCCUGCGAGUAACCUGUUCUUCCGAGUGGGCUUUGUGGUGGCCGAGAGGGUCUUGUACCUUCCCAGUGCCGGCUACUGCAUGCUGCUGACGUUUGGACUCGCAGUGCUCAGUAAACAUACCAAGAAAAAGAAACUGAUUGCCGCUCUCAUCCUGGGAACUUUAUUCCUAAACACGCUGAGAUGCGUGGUUCGCAGCGGUGAGUGGCGGAGCGAAGACCAGCUUUUCCGAAGCGCCCUGUCUGUGUGCCCUCUCAAUGCCAAGGUUCACUACAACGUUGGCAAAAACCUGGCUGAUAAAGGCAAUCAGACUGCGGCCAUCAGAUACUACCGGCAAGCAGUGAGAUUAAAUCCCAAGUACGUCCAUGCCAUGAAUAAUCUGGGAAACAUCCUGAAAGAAAGGAACGAGCUUCAGGAAGCGGAGGAGCUGCUGUCUUUGGCUGUACAGAUACAGCCAGACUUUGCUGCCGCAUGGAUGAAUUUAGGCAUCGUACAAAACAGCCUGAAGCGGUUCCAAGCUGCUGAGCAAAGUUACCGGACGGCGAUCAAGCACCGGAGGAAAUACCCAGAUUGUUACUACAACCUGGGGCGUUUGUAUGCAGAUCUGAAUCGUCACGUGGAUGCACUGAACGCGUGGAGGAACGCUACUGUGCUGAAGCCAGAGCACAGCCUUGCCUGGAAUAACAUGAUCAUACUCCUCGAUAACACAGGUAAUUUAGCCCAAGCUGAAGCUGUUGGCAGAGAAGCACUGGAAUUAAUACCUAACGAUCACUCUCUGAUGUUCUCCUUGGCAAACGUGCUGGGGAAGUCCCAGAAAUACAAGGAAUCCGAAGCUUUGUUCCUCAGAGCAAUUAAAGCUCAUCCAAAUACGGCAAGUUACCAUGGCAAUUUGGCUGUGCUGUAUCAUCGUUGGGGCCAUCUAGACUUGGCCAAAAAACACUACGAGAUCUCUCUGCGGCUUGACCCGACAGCAUCAGGAACUAAGGAAAAUUAUGGUCUUCUAAGAAGAAAGCUGGAACAAAUGCAAAAGAAAAACGUCUGA